AUGGCGAUCAGGGCCGCUUUAAUUUCCGCCGUUCUCGUCGUCGCCGCUGUUCAAAGUGGAUCGGCUGGACACGCUCACAGUUUCGCCCAUUUCCACGGCCCGGUGGAGGGACCGGGUCAAGAAGUUUCUAUCCACGGUAAACACGGACACCAUCACAUCGAUUACGUGGCCCAUCCGAAAUACGAGUUUUCCUAUGGUGUCGACGACCAUCACACCGGCGACCAUCAUGGACAGAAGGAGCAUCGGGACGGCAAAAACGUGGCAGGUGAAUACACCGUGAAAGAACCAGGUGGCAACAUAAGGGUAGUUAAGUACCACGCCGACCCUCAUGGAGGAUUCUUCGCGCACGUGCACAAUUCUAACGGUAACAAUCACGAGGGCGGCACUUAUGGUGGCCAUGGACACGGUGAUAGCGGUGGUUACGGAAACGAUGGCGCUGAUGGAUCCCUUGGAUACGGAUACGGUCAUUACUAA